AUGAACUCCCAGAAAGGUGACAUCGAUCGUUUGCUAAGGAUAAGGAGGGACAAAUGGAGAAAACGGGAAAAGCAUAGCAACCACAGUGGCAGCCGCAGUGGCAACCGCGGUAGCAGCCAUGACGGCGACAGCCACAGCAGUGAUAGCGAGCACGAAGUGGUGCUACUCCAAGGGCAGAGAAGCAGCGGGGAGCAGGACGCCACGACAGCUCCAUCCCUGCACCCCAGUCCGAAGGAGGCACCCCGCAAGAGUAGAAGAAAAGACGCGCCAUUCUACAUGGUCCAUACGCUCCAAAGGUCGAACUCACCACGGAAUGGAAACUACGAGAAGCGGCCUCAGGAACAUCGUCGUAGUAGUCAUGACCGUGGUGGGAGAAAGGGAAAAGUAAAAGUCGUUCUCCCCGUAGUGGACCACAUUCAUAAUGUGAGCAGUGGCGAUAUGCACGAUGUGAGCAGUGACGACCCCCCCGAAAUGAGUAACGCGGACCCGCACGACGUAGGCAGCGCAGACCCGCACGACGCAAGCAGCGCAGACCCGCACGACGCAAGCAGCGCAGACCCACACGACGUAAGCAGCGCAGACCCGCACGACGCAAGCAGCGGAGAUCCACCCAGCGCCAGCAGCAGUGAAACAAAUAUAUUUUCCAAGCUGCUCUUCAAAAUAAAGAAAGCUUUUGUUGACAGAAGGGGGGACCCCAUAACGAAUGAAAACGUGGUGGAUAGCGACAUCUGCGAACUGACCAUUGUGGGUAGCAAUGGAAUGGACCCGAGUGGUCCUAACAACAUAGUGCACCUUGUGGAGGACGAAGAUGCGUUUAUAAUGCAGGGACACAGCACUAGUCAGAUAGGAGGGGGAGAACACAGAGCAGGUGCUUACCCAAAUGGAAGCAUCCGCACCAACGAGAUGAUUUGCCUAAAUGGACUAAAUCCAAACGACCUGUUAAACAGCUCCGUUCUCAUGAACUCCAAUCGCUCAGAAAUAAAUGAAAUUUUUAGUAAUAUCGAAAAUGGGCUCAUUAUAAUGGAAAGACCAGAUUCGGGAACAAAUGGCGAUACAUCUAAUGAAGACGCAGAGGAGCAUAGCGGAGGGGGUGGCCAUGGUAGAGCUAGCCAUAAUGGUAGGGGUAGAACCCACCGUUUUAGCUACAGAAAUGUCUCCAACAAAAUAGCUACCUACGUAAAAGAAAACAUAUCCUACGUGAAGGAAAAAAUAAAAAACUAUUGGUUAGAACGAGUACGUGAAGCAAACACACAAUUAACAACACCCCAUCAAACAACGAACGAACGAGAGGAACCAAACGAACGUACAAUUCGUACAGAAAAUGAAAAUGAUGACCCGAGCUGUGUCCAAGUAUUAUUCUUCCUAGGGUUGGUGUGUAAAUUCCCAAUCCUCUGGAUUAUUGGUUCUAUCGUAUUUUGCAUCACUCCAAGUGAACAUAAAAAAACAAAAAUGUGGAGUUUAGUGAAUACCUUGUUUGCUCUCAUUAGUGUAGUUUAUUUUAUAAGUACAUCCAAAUUUAAAAUACCCAAACCGGUUUUUUUUGUCCUUAUGGAAUCAAAUAGUGAAGAAAAGAAUAAUACUCAUCCAAGGGGUGUUUUAAAAAAGGGGGACAAUAUUAUUCACAGUUCGGUAAUCCUUGAUGGAUCUUCUACGUCUCAUUGGAUGGGACAGAACUCUCAUGCAGUUUUCUCCGCAGAGGGGAACUCCUUUUUAAAUUGGAACUUUGUAUCAACGCAGAAGCCGGAUGCACACGUUUUGCUAAGCAGUGACGUGUAUAAGCUCCUAAACCGCGUGCAAGUGACGUUCCUCUUCGGAAAGGGCAACGGUUACCCAAGUGCGAAGGUCGAAAAGAUGAAGCCUUUUUUUCAUGACCUGAAAGAGGACCUUAGGCCAGUCCAAGUGGAGAGACUCACUAUGACGGACCAGGACGUCCCCGAAGACUUCUUCGGGGGAGGACUCAGGUGCGAACGGACAGAAAAAUAUGUGCCCGAGCAGGGCAACGAAGCGGAAAAGGAGAAGGAGAAGCAAAAGGAGGGGCAAAAGGAGGAGAAAAAGGAGGAGAAAAAGGAGGAGAAAAAGGAGGAGCAGCAGCAGAAGGAGAAGCAACAGGAACAGCAGAAGCAACCGCAGAAGGAGAAGGCCAAAUGGUACUUAUUCUGGAAGGAAGAAAACAACUCUAAGGAUAAUAAGUCAAACGGAUCAGAAUCAGACAUCUCCCUUCCCGUUGGAGAAAUUUUCUUUUUUAAAAGUGAGUACACCUGUAGAGUGGCUUUCCUGUACCCCAAGAAAACGAACCCCGAUGAAAAGGAGAUGCCAGAAAAUUUUAUCCAAAUAAAUAAAAUUAUAAUAAAGCCCAUUUGA